CCGCCAUAAGCGGCUCAUUUUCUGUAGUUGUGGCAUGCCAAGGGCUGCCAAAGGACGGUCACUGUUUGAAGUGGCUGCGCAGUCAUGGCUCGUUUGGCGCCAAUGGAAGACACUGGGGCCUGGCCACCACUGAAGCCGGGCUCAGCACCUGCUGUGCAAGGUGACUCAGAGCGCCCCAAGCAGGAGAAUCGCCCACGGGAUGGUCAGCAAUGGCAAGCUGUGAAUGAAGCGAGCCAUGACAGUGGCCCGUGGACGCACAAAGGAAAGGGCAAAGGAAAGUUCAGGAACCAGGACAACUUUUCCUCCAGGCGAAGGAAAGGUGAAGGCAAGUGGGUUCCCCGACACCAGGAAGAGGAUGCAGGUGCGACUGGUACCGAGUCCUGGGAAGGUUCAGGUAGUCGGGCAAAAGGAGCUUCCAAAGGUAACAAAGGACUGUCAUCCGGAGCUGCUGAGCUUUUGGGUGAAUGGUUAGAUUCACAGGACAAUGAAGUUCUUGUCCAGUGGGGCCCACGUGGAGGGCCGCUGACUGCACGACUUUCACGCAGGGGAGGUCGAGCACAGGUGCUCUCUGUGCGACGGGAACCGGACUCGGGCCUUUGGGCCUGUGGAAACGCAGUCCUGGACAAGGGAGCUUCAUCAGCAAAUGUACUUGUUUGGGCUGCCUAUGACGGCCGCAAAUCUGUUUGGAGGAGAAAAGAGGUUGGUGUGGAGGCUGAUCCCGAGGACUUACUUCCGUGGCUGUUGCGGAUGGAAGCCAUGCAAGGUAGUGCCGAUGGAACGGACGCGGAGCAGCCGCAGGCCAAAGGUGCCAACGGCAAGGGGACGGAAGGUUUCUCUCCACCAGCCAGGAGGCGGCAGCGGAACUGGAGUUCCAUCUCCAUGGGUAGUGAUAUUGCGGGCGUCUUUGUUGGUUCUGCAGAGGAUGCUCCAGAGCUCUCGGGGACGGAACCAGCCACAGGCGAGAUGCCUGAGCAGAGUCCUCGUGAGGAGCAGGAGGAUAGCAGACCGAGCACCAUGAGAAGCAAAGUUCCAGCCUACUUUGAUACAUACAAUGCAGCCGCAGAUGCUGCUCGCGUGUCAGCAAUUUUGGACGCGAGGCAAGUCAUUGGGGCUGCCAGCAACUACCAGGAGAUCUUGAGCCAUUUGUUGCUGGACCAUGACCUGCUACGAGAAGAUGGCGAGGAUCCGAUGGUGCCUUCUCUGAACUCAGCUUUGUGGCAGAGGCUGCCUGAAAUACCGCGGCGCAACGUGCUGCAGCGUCUGACGGCGUUUCAUGAUGGUAGGUUUGUGCCUGGAAGUUACGUGGCCGAGUUUCCAUCAGGAAACUGGAGUGAGAUCUUUGUGGGUCGACAUCGCUUUCCAGUGGUACACUGCGACAUUCAGGCAUUGCUCAAGCGGUACACUUUGGCAGAGGACAAUGUUGCCUCCCGUGCAUCAGCCAUGGCAAGGGUGCUGUCUCUUUAUCGAGCUCUGGAGAAUCCAGUGGUGCCAGCUGGUCAAAGAAGCUCACAUCAGCUUUGCGCCGCCUCGCCUGCGGCUGAUGAAGCUGAGUACGAACUGUUUGCUUCGCCAUUCAAUGCCAAAGUUGACAAUGGCAAGUUUGCAUCUCGUUUUCCACACGCAGAAGAGGUCUUUGGAUCUGCGGGAGCGUAUCCAAGUGUGCUGGAUAAGUGGCCCUCGACAGUUGUUGUGAGUGUGAAUCCUCCUUUCUCUGAUGCGUACUUGGAGGAUGUCUUUGGGAAGCAGCUGGACCGGAUUGUGUCCAGCUUCAAAAAGGUACACAUUUUUGCACCCGUUCGGGACGCGCCCUGGCGCCCGCAGCUGCGGCGCUUGGACGGGGCUCGCUUCGUUCAGCACUUCUGGGAUGCCACGGCCAUGCGGGACAGACACUUAGAGCAGCCAGUGUUGUAUUGGCAGGGGAGCCAGCUCGCAGCUGCUGGGUCUUAAGCCCAAACGGCUUGCACCUGUACAUACAUUGACAAUCAUUGAGAUACAUCAUGAUCCAGUUGAUAGCAGCUUGGAUUCCAUGCUUGAGAGACCUAAACCUAAACCACUAUGCGGGGACACCUCAGUGAUGGAUGGGUUGCACGAGUCGGGCAUGAGCAAGCAG